AAGUCCUUGAAAUAAGGAGAAAAUCUAUUGAGAACGAUUGUUCCUGUUUGAUGUUUGAUUUUCCAUGUUCCAAAAAACUGGGCUGAUAUUUCUACAGAGCAUUGUUGUGGUCAGUAACUGUGUUUCUUUCUAUCUAGCAUUUUUAGAUAAAUUCACUAGAUGGUCGAGUGGAAAUCCCAACAAGGAGAAGAUUCUCAUGGUUGGAAAUACCCAAGGUAUCUUUGGGACUGUCACUUGCUCUUGGCCCACAGUGUGUGAAAUGAAAAUUGGUGCGAUUACCUUCCAGGUUGCUAUUGGAGAUAUCGCAAAAGAAAGUGCAGAUGUUAUUGUAAACUCAACGACAAGGAUGUUUAAUCUGAAAUCAGGGGUGUCAAAAGCAAUUUUAGAAAGUGCCGGACCAGCUGUGGAAGAUGAAUGUGCUGUACUAGCUACACAGCCUCACAGAGAUUUUAUAGUUACACAAGGUGGAUUCCUAUCGUGCAAUAUAAUAAUUCAUGUCCUUGGAGAAAAUGAUGUCAGGAAAUCACUUUCCAGUGUUCUAGAAGAGUGUGAACAGAGGAAAUACACAUCUGUUGCCCUUCCUGCCAUUGGAACAGGAAAUGCUGGGAAAAACCCAAUCAGAGUUGCUGACGACAUAAUCAAUGCUAUUGUAGACUUCACACGGAAACAUUCUACUCCAUCAUUAAAAAAAGUUAAAGUUGUCAUCUUUGUAACUGAGCUGCUGAAUGUAUUCUAUGACAGCAUGAAGAAAAGAGAAAAAAUAGCCACAUCACCUACCUUCCAGUCCACAUUUUCCAAGGCUGCAUAUAAUAUUCCUGAAUACCGGUCUGACAUGAAUCAGCAGCUGUUUUGUAUGAUCCAGCUACAACCUGGACAGUCAGAAUAUGACACUGUGAAGAACAAAUUCUCUCAGACUUGUCUUUCCUACAGAAUAGAGAAGAUUGAGAAGAUACAGAAUGAAUUUCUCUGGCAGAGCUACCAGGUAAAGAAAAAACACAUGGACAUCAAAAAUGGCCACAUAGAGAAUGAGAAAAUCCUCUUCCAUGGGACAGAUGCACACUCUGUGCCACACGUCAAUCAGCACGGCUUUAAUCGCAGUUAUGCUGGGAAGAAUGCUGUAGCCUAUGGAAAAGGAACUUAUUUUGCUGUUGAUGCCAGUUAUUCUGCUGAUGAUAAAUACUCCAGACCAGACAGCAAUGGGAGGAAACAUAUUUAUGUUGUACGAGUACUUACAGGAGUCUACACGCUUGGACGUGAAGGAAUAGUUACGCCUCCACCAAAGAACCCUUACAAUUCCAUAGAUCUGUUUGAUUCUGUCACAGAUGAUAUACAACAUCCAAAGUUAUUUGUGGUAUUCUUUGAUAAUCAAGCUUACCCAGAAUAUCUUAUAACUUUCAGAUGUUAAAACAUGGGAUUAAAAAAAACUUUAGAGGUGAUUUAGUCAUCUAUUUAUGAGAACAAUUCAUAGAAUUUUUGUCUUUGCCUUUGGUUUGUUUAAACAGAUAAAACAAAUCUCCAUGCUAGGUAUUAUAAUGCUGGAAAAAAGCCUUUUAAAAUGCUUUCUUGCAAUUUCUAGCAUAUCUUUCUUCUGAGCAUAUUGAUGGGUGGAAGCUGAGAAAUAUAAAUGACACAAUUAUAGCUAUAACUACAGACACCAAAUCCAUAAGAAACAAAGAACACAUUUCUUUUUCUUCUAUUGGAAAAGAAAUAAGAUGAAUCAUUCUAAAGCCAAGUUGUCAUUGUUCUUAUUGGAAUGUGUUAAGACUCCCAACUGUGUUGAGCUAAACCAUACUAUUAAAUGAAUAGGCUGCUAUUGUG